AGUACCAUGUGCAGUUCAGAUUAAACUCAAGAUCUAAAUCCUAAGCACCCCGCGUACACGCCGGGGAACAAACUCACUCUCUCUUCACCGACCAAACCAUAACCACCACCACCACCACCAGCAGUAUGCGGUGGCCUGCGGUGGUGGAAGGCGGGGGCCUGGGGGUGGCAGCGAUUGCGUACGUGGCCGUCGACUACCUGCGAAAUGUCUCAUCCACGUGGCACGAGCGUCUGCAACCUGUCCUUUGGUCCUUCCUAGCUAUAAUCGUCAUCACGCGCGUGCCCUUCUACCGCCACUGGUCUUCCGAGCUCCGCGCUGCUCUUCCCUUUCUCGCUUCCAUGGUCUUCAUGCUCUCUACUCUCCUCUUCGAAGCCCUCUCCGUUCGCUCCGUCACCGCCGUCCUUGGCCUUGACUGGCACAGCAAUACACCUCCUCUUCCUGACCCUGGUCAGUGGUUGCUUUUGGCACUGAAUGAGAAGCUUCCUGAAGCAGUUGUUGAGAUACUGAGAGCACACAUUAUUGGAUUGCAUCAUUACCUGAUGUUGUUUAUAAUGCUGGCUUUCUCGGUACUAUUUGACUCUGUAAAAGCUCCUGGUCUUGGGUUAGGUGCACGUUACAUGUUUACCAUGGCAAUUGGGCGUCUUCUUCGGGCCAUAACUUUUGUUUCUACCAUUCUGCCAUCAGCCCGACCGUGGUGUGCUUCAGCUCGGUUUAGGGUUCCUGAAUAUCCACAUAUUUGGGCUCAAAAAUAUUAUGUCCCUUAUGCUUCAGAUGCUAAUGCUAUCCGUCAGAUAAUACAGGAAGAUGUAGCAUAUGCUGAUAUUGGAAACUACAAUGUUGACUACCGUCCUGAUUGGGGCUCUAUGACUUUCCUUGCUGAUUUCCUACGCCCCACUCCUUCAGAAGGAUCCACCUGGUAUGGUUUGCUAAAGAAAGCGGGGGGUGGCUGCAAUGACCUUAUAUACAGUGGUCACAUGCUUGUUGCUGUACUGACAGCCAUGGCUUGGACGGAAGCUUAUGGAGGUUUUAGCUCUGUCUUCAUAUGGUUGCUUGUGAUGCACAGCGCCCAACGUGAAAUACGGGAACGCCACCAUUAUACUGUAGACUGUGUUGUGGCCAUCUAUGUGGGUAUUCUUUUGUGGAAGAUGACAGGUUUUAUUUGGUCGGCCAAAGACAAAAAUAGAGAAAGCAGACUCAGUAAGCUUGACAAAAUUCACAGUAGACUAGUCCAAGCUGCUAAAGACUCAGACAUGGAUGAAGUAAGGGACCUUCUCAUAGAUGUUGAGUUGAGCAGCCAAGAAUACCAGAAAAAAGGCCCAAGCCGGGCUAUGUGGCUGUUUGCUGGUGUGACCAUUUUCUCAUCACUCGUCAUUGUUCUUCUGGCCUUCACCUGGACUAGUGAUGGUUGACUACAUUCAUUCUUACGUUUGUUGUGUGUUGUGUGUUGUGUGUUGUGUGUUGUUGUUAUACCACAAGCCUUUGAGGUUUUUUUUUAGCCAUCACGAGUGUUAGACAUAGAACUUAUGGAUGAUGUAGUGUCUUUUGUUGCAAAAACUUAUUAGCUCUAACUUGUUUGGAGCUUUUUCAUGUUAUUGAUAUGGGAAUAGAAAGGUUUUGAUGUG